GGACGGUCUUUCAGUGCGCUCCUCUGACGCAAACACCGCGCUCUCAUCACACCCUCGAGGUUUGCGCCCAGCUGGAAUUUGCUCCCUGAACUCAAAAUCAAAACUAUAAAAACAAGGAAACUUUCUGAACAAGCAACGGGAAUACACGCUUCUAUGAAUUUGGGAACAAUGAGGAUUUUCGCUGUUAUGGCGCUGCUGCUUCACGCACUGGUUCUGUCAAGAUCUGUGAGCAGUGCUGCAGUGGACAGAUAUGAGGCGGACAGACUGAGAAACACAGCAGUCAUCAACUUGUUAGCAACAACUCAAGACAAAAGAACGGAGCAGAGCACAGAUGUGGGCACAACCACUGUAGACUACACUCAAGAGGAUGAAGAUUACGAGGAUGAAUACUAUGAUGAAGAGUACGAGGAUGGGCUCUCGGGGGAUUAUGAAUUUCCACGAGUUGCAAUGUCAAGCCAACCAAAGGAUCCUUCAGCUGUCCUGGAAACUGAAAAAACAGAAGGCACUACAAGGAGAGGGAAGGGUAGAAAAAAGGGGAAGGGCAAAGGUAGAAAGAGAAAUCCCUGUUUGAAGAAGUAUAAGGAUUUCUGCAUUCACGGCACCUGUCAUUAUUUGAGGGACCUCCGGUCCCCAUCCUGUGUGUGUCACCAAUUGUACUCUGGGGAGAGGUGCCAGUUUUUUACACUGCCUGUUGAGAAACCACAAGAAGGCUACAGUCGGACAACUGCACUGGCUGUCAUCGCAGUGGUGUUGUCAUCUGUCUGCCUCACUAUUAUUGGACUUUUAUUAAUGCUAAGGUUUCAUAAGCGAGGAGCAUAUGAUGUGGAAAGUGAAGAGAAAGUGAAAUUAGGGUUAUCGUCCAACCAUUGAAGAUAUGGACACAGGUAAAAGAUGCAGAAAUUCUACCUCAAUAUAGAAACGUGAACCACAAGAAGGGGUCCUACCAAAAAGGGAAUAUACUGUUCAAGAAAGGAGUAGCCUGAAUACCACCACUGGAGUGCAGGGCUGACCACUUUCAAAUCAGUCGUUCUUCCCACAAGGCCCCAAGGUUAAGGUGGCUUUCCUAAAAACUGGAGUACCUGGAAUAAGGACUGGCCCUAAAGAUGGACUGGAGUAAAGCGUAUGGUGUCGGUGAUGAAGAGAGGAGGAAGAGGAGGAUGUCUCUAGACUGUGCUGUGCUGCUUCUCAGCAACGUAAACAGAAGACUGAACCGAACAGUGUGAAAUGUAAACAGUGCAUUUUGUCUAAAUUGACAGUGUUUUAUAUUUUUUUUCUGCACAAAUCCAACCAUUUUAUGUACAGUAAAAAACAGUAUAUUUAUAA